AUGGUAUAUGAAACCUGGAUCUUACACCGAGGAACCGGUGACGAAGUUUCAAACGUCGUACAAAAUGCGUAUCAAAAUUACGAAGAUUUGGAUUUUGGUUUUGAGUCGGUUGAUCUAACUGACUCUGACAGACAUAUAAAACUGAUCAGCAUUGCUGGAAUUAAGACAGACACUUCAUCAUUGUCAUCAAAGAUACCAACGAUUUUCAGACCAAUAAGCGGCGAAGGAGAAGGGUUUUUGCUUGACUUUGAAGAAUUUGUUUCGAAGCAAGACGUCUGCAUGUUCGGUUCCGAACUGAAUUUUAACCCACCUGUCCCGAUUGUGAUCAUCGUUUGUGAGGGUGAUAUUCAAACCAUUGCCCACAUAUCCAAAGCUCUACAUCGCAAACUUCCUGUGAUCAUAGCGAAAGGGUCAGGAAAGGCAGCAGAUCUGGUCCUCGACUUCCUUGACGAUUGCAGUGCAAGUGUUCUUCGUAAGAAAGCCAGUUCUGCAUUUGGUAUUGAAUUUGACGAUGCAAAAUAUCAGAAAAUAGUGGAACAUUUAGAAAAAAUUGAAAAUACAAGAGAACUGAUCAAUGUCCCUGACCACUUGACCAGGCUAUCAAACUACCCCCUGACCAAUGCCCUAGACAGUUGGCCUUACCAAGGGUUCUGGCUACUGACCCGAGGUCUCUAA